ACCACGGCUGUUGAGUCUGCCAAUAAGAAUGUGGUGAUUGACAGAGUCUAAAGCCUUGGCCAGGUCGAUGAAUACAGCUGCACAGUACUGUCUCUUAUCGAUGGUGGUUAUGAUAUCGUUUAGGACCUUGAGUGUGGCUGAGGUGCACCCAUGACCAGUUCUGAAACUGGGAUUUGAAAUGAUCGGUAGUCUGUUUGUUCACUUGGCUUUCGAAGACCUUAGAAAGACAGGGUAGGAUAGAUAUAGGUCUGUAGCAGUUUGGGUCUAGAGUGUCUCCCCCUUUGAAGAGGGGGAUGACCGCGGCAGCUUUCCAAUCUUUGGGAAUCUCAGACGAUACGAAAGAGAGGCUGGUAAUAGGGGUUGCAACAAAAAAUAAUUUUAGAAAGAGAGGGUCCAGAUUGUCUAGCAUAUGUACAUAUGUAUACAUGCUGUGUGGCUCACAUUAGGCUGUUGUGUCUUUUGAAAGUGACAUCAAAUAUGCAUGUCGGUCAGACAGGUCCAUAGAAAUACUGUAUACUAGAAAAUAGUUGAUAACGCUCCCCUUCCCAGAAAUGAAUGACUGUAAUAGCCUACUUCAGACCACAGAUAGAGCACCUUGCGUCAACGUCCGAUACACAAUUGGCCUAGGUUAGACUGGCAUGAACUACAUUUGAUCUGAAGGUUUUGACAACCUAGUAUACCCGGUCAAUACUUUCCGAUACACUGCUUCUAGUCUAAAUGGGGAAACCGGUAGCCCUGUCAAUGAACCAGUUGACGUGGACGGGGGUGGGGUAAAGGAUGGUGGGUAUCGCCGGGGGGGCAGAACCGCGCUGUGUGCAUUUAUCAAAGUAGGCCAUGCAUUAUGUCAGACCUUAACUCCUCUUCAAAAGGCUGCAAUGCAAAGAGGUCGGUAGAUUGGUUAAAAAUGUAUUUGUUUGAUAGCUGUCAUUGGUAGUUUUUAGUAAAUGUAUUUGUUUGACAUUUAACCUACUUUGAGAUUUGCCAUGGCUGCUGAUCAUUGAUCAGGCUCUCUUUAUCCUCACAAAGUCUUGGCAACAUUGGGGGAUGGAUGCAUUUUAUAUUGGACAGACACUGAAGGUUAUAUUCAAGUGCUAUUGUAUUUUUAAUACUCAGGCUAUUUAGCAUUCUUUAUGAGUUCUUAAAUUUGACAAAUCCCUGGUCUUGGAAACUCUUGAUUGGCAUAGAGCUCUAUGAUUUUCUUAGGCCUAUUGCUAUGGAUUAGUCAGAUAGUUUCAUUCAAAAUUGUAUUUUUAAACGUGUUAAAGAUCAUUUAUAGGCUCGGCCUAUCAUAGUUCUGUGAUGAGCAUCGAGAUACCUGCUGGCUUGAUGGAUUUGCUGCAAGGAUACACUGUGGAGGUACUACGGCGCCGACCGCCAGAUUUGGUUGAAUUUGCAAUCCAAUAUUUCACAUGUCUACAAGACAGCCGAAAACACGACAGGCAUGUCAAAGAAAGGUUUGCCGAUUCUACGCGGGAAGGAGUGGCUUUUGAUAGUAUUUCAGUUGAAUCAAAUGAAGAUGAAGACUCUGAUGAUGCCUAUAUGCCCCCCUCCAACCCUAAUAAAUACAGUCGCAGAGCAUCUGUCUGUGCAGAGGCCUAUAACCCAGACGAUGAUGAGGAUGAGGACUUUGAGCCGCGGGUGGUACACUCCAAAUCAGACGAGCAGCGUCGCAGACUCCAGGACGCCUGCCGAGACAUUCUACUGUUCAAAACUCUCGACCAGGAGCAGUUCUCAGAGGUUCUGGAUGGCAUGUUUGAGGUGUUGGUCAAACCACAGGAGCACAUCAUAAACCAGGGGGAGGAUGGAGACAACUUCUAUGUCAUAGAGCGGGGUGUGUACGACAUUGUUGUGCAGAUUGAUGGAGUUGGAAAGUGUGUGGGGAAGUAUGACAAUAAGGGCAGUUUCGGGGAGCUGGCUCUCAUGUACAACACCCCGCGUGCUGCCACUAUCAUGGCCACCCAGGAGGGGGCACUGUGGGGAUUGGAUCGGGCCACAUUCCAUAGACUCAUAGUGAAGAACAAUGCCAAGAAGAGAAAGAUGUACGAAGCCUUCAUCGAGUGUGUACCCCUUCUAAAGUCUCUUGAGCUCUCUGAGAGGAUGAAGAUUGUUGAUGUCGUGGGAAUGAGAGCGUUCAAAGAUGAGGAGUGCAUCAUAACACAGGGGGAGAAGGCAGAUUGUUUCUACAUCGUGGAGUCGGGCCAGGUGAAGAUCAUGAUAAUAAGCAAAACUAAAGCAGGACAGCUGGACAAUGCAGAGGUGGAGAUUGCACGCUGCUCUAGAGGCCAAUACUUCGGAGAGCUGGCUCUGGUCACCAACAAACCACGUGCAGCAUCCGUCUAUGCUGUAGGGGACACCAAGUGCUUGGUAAUAGACAUUCAGGCGUUUGAGCGUUUGCUGGGUUCCUGUAAGGAGAUUAUGAAGAGGAACAUUUCCCAAUACGAGAACCAGCUGGUAGCUCUGUUUGGUUCUAGUGUAGAUUUGAAACAUUAAAGUACA